AGUGCUACAUAUCUGAAGAGGCUGUGGAAUUUUGUUCAGAGUACAUGGCUGGAGUUGAGGCAAUAGGAAUUAGCAAACCAAGAACUGACCCAGAUGAUGUUGAUAGAGGAUUAAGGGGCAAAGGGACAAUGGUGACAGUGUCCAAGCUUGAACUAGAUCAAGCUCAAUUAGUCGUGAUGAACAAUAACGCAGAGGUUCAACCAUAUAUAACUGACCAUAUGGAGCUGUUACAAUCAAUGGUUCCAAGAAAUCAAAAAAAUAAACAAAAAUGGGUUGCAGACCAACAUCGUCAAACUUUCAUUGGGUGGUUAAGGAAUACCAUUAUAGCAAAGUUGAACGAACCGAAUCAUGGAGUAUCUGAUGUGUUGAGUCGUAUUGCCCUUGGACCAACUUUUGCGGUUGUAAAGCAUGAAGCGUACAUUGUAAGGGGUAAACGUUUUCAUACAAAGUCAAGAGAUGAUGCUCGAGAGGUUCAAAAUAGUGGUAUACGUAUCGUCGCAGAAACUAUGCACUUUGCAAGUGCAAAAGAUAGAAACCCUGUUUUAGGUACUAUGACGUAUUACGGGGUCAUUGAAGAAAUAUGGGAGCUCAAUUAUUUUGCGUUCCGAAUUCCACUUUUUAAGUGUUCUUGGGUUGACAACAACGUUGGAGUAAAAACCGACGAGCUUGGUUUUACUUUGGUUGAUUUAAGUAAGAGAGGAAGCAAGAAUGAUCCAUUCAUCAUGGCUAGCCAAGCAGCUCAAGUUUUUUACAUUUCUGAUCCGGCUAAUGAUAAAUGGUCUAUUGUUUUAUCGACACCAGAGAGGAGGUUCUUAGAGACUGAAGAGGAUGAGGAGAAUGCUGACUUAUGUUACGAUGACUUCAUUGUUGGACAACCAAUUCAUGAGCAACUCAUGGGAAUUGAUCGUAACAUUGAGGAAGACGACGCUGAAUACAUUAGAAACGAUAUCAAUGAGGGAAUAUGGGUCAAUUGUGAUUCAGGCAAACAUAAACAAAAAAAGAAAAGAAAACGUGUCUAAUUGGUAACUUGAUAUAUAGCUUUUAAUAUUUGAAUGGUCCUGAAUACUUAACAAUUUGUUUAUGCUUUUAAUAUUUCAUAUACACUACUUGUUAUAUAUGUAGCUAACUUUGAAGUUUGUUUGU